GGAGCCAAGGGAAGCCGGAGCCGCGACCCAGCCUGCCUGCGGCCCCCCGCCCCUUCCCGCGUCCGUCCUUGCGACCCUGCAUCGCCUGCUGCUUCGGGAGUUGCUUUUGCGGUGGCUGGUGCGGAGGGGAGGGGAGCGUGGGAGCCGUGCCCGCUGGCGGAGCUCCAUCCCGGCUUCGUGCUCCGACUGGGAAUGGGAAGCCCCAGAGCGCUGUCUAGCUGGCCUCGGCUUGCAGCUGGAAGCAUCAAGGGGGUGGAAAAUGACACAGGAGUGCUAAACUUUGAGGACUCAUCAUGGAGGACUCAGAAGGACAUCACUUCAGCUCAGUGGAAGAGGAAACCAGAUACUGGAGAGAGUUGGCUAUGAAAUACAAGCAGUGUGCUGAGAAUACACAGGAGGAAUUGCGUGAAUUCCAAGAAGGGAGUCGAGAGUAUGAAGCUGAACUGGAGACUCAGCUGCAGCAAACAGAGUCCAGAAACAGAGACCUUCUGUCGGAAAACAAUCGUCUGCGAAUGGAACUGGAGUCAGUUAAGGAAAAGAUUGAAAUGCAGCAUUCGGAAGGAUACAGGCAAAUCUCUGCGCUGGAAGAUGACUUGGCACAGACAAAAGCUAUUAAAGAUCAACUUCAGAAAUACAUUCGAGAACUUGAGCAAGCAAAUGAUGACUUGGAAAGAGCAAAAAGAGCCACUAUAAUGUCUCUGGAGGAUUUUGAACAGCGUUUAAACCAGGCUAUUGAAAGAAAUGCUUUUCUGGAGAGUGAGCUGGAUGAGAAAGAAAACCUUCUGGAGUCCGUGCAGCGUCUGAAAGAUGAAGCUAGAGAUCUACGACAAGAGCUUGCAGUGCAGCAGAAACAGGAGAAACCCAAAACACCGAUGCGAACUACCCUGGAAACAGAAAGAACAGACACUGCAGUUCAAGCAUCCUUAUCCGUGCCUUCCACUCCCUUGGUGCACCGGGCACCCAACAUGAACAUAUCCACCCCUGCAACGUUUAGGAGAGGUCUUGAGGACAGUUAUGGUGCAACUCCUCUCACACCUGCUGCAAGAAUAUCUGCACUUAACAUCGUGGGAGACUUACUGCGAAAAGUGGGGGCUUUGGAGUCCAAACUUGCAUCUUGCCGAAACUUUGUGUAUGACCAGUCUCCAAACAGAACCACAGUGUCCAUGUACAUGAACAGAGAUGUCCUUGAAACACGCCUGAGUCCUCAUCAGCCUCUAUGUGACACAGGGUUAGUGAAACGCCUGGAGUUUGGAACACGGCCUUCAAAUAUUCCAGGACCAAUGAGCCAUCCCUCGCAAAGUGUUGUCAAGAUGCUGCUAUGAAAAGCCUGGCUGGCUUUGGGAAAAGAACAAAAAAAAUUUAAACUUUAGUUUUAAAGAGAACAUCAAUGAGCAAACAAGCAGCAGUCUCAGGAUAAGCGAGAACUGAGCAAGAAGCUGCAAUUGGCAACAGCCUCCUGUGGCCUUGUUUAGUCUGGCCUCUUGGUGGAGUUCUGUGGGUAGUAUGAUAAAGCAAUGCUGCCUAGCAGUGCGAGGCUUAGAGUUGCUUCCUACAUCAGUUGCUGUAUGUAGCUCCUCGAAAGUUGCUUCUUUCAAUGCUGCCAGUCAAAUCCAUUGUCCCUCUAUCUACAACAGAGACCGUAUUCCCUAUGCUUUUGGUGUUAAUACAGCACCAUGGUGUUCUGGCUGAAAUUCUGGUUGUCCUGGCCUUCUAUCAUUGGUGUUGUAUUCUGCAGUCACCCCAAUUAGAGGAGUGUUUUUAUGUGGAGAAAGGUGUAUUUCUGUGGGGAAGCUGCCCAGCUCUCUGUGGGAUGUUUGCCGGGUCAGAAUCUUGCUAUGCAGAAACCUGCCUCUGUAGUGGUAAGAUGCUUUUGUAAGCUAUGAUUUACCAUUAAGAAUAUGUCAUGGUUAAAGGUGAGGAAUGCCUAAGGCUUAAGAGUACUUGGGAGAUCCCGGAGCUAACAGCAAGAUAAGAGACUUUGGACUGGCUUAGCAUAUAGACAUUUCUUUUUGCCAUAUUGUGGCUCAUAAGGCCUGGCUGUUGUAGGAAGCAAGAGACCUGAUUAAGUUCCUAGUUCUAACAUCUUAAUAGGUGGGUUUUACUGCUUUACAGACCUCCCUUUAUAAAUGUGCCUUGGGUGUUAGUGAUUUUUUUCUUGGAGUUUUUUAUGAGAAUAUAUGCUUUUAGCUGUUACUCAUUUAGUCAUGUUUUUUAACCCUUUGUGCUAGACAAGUGUAUAUGAGUAGAGGACUAUUUUUAAAUCUGUUUUUUCCCCUAUAGAUUAUUACAGCAUUUUAGUUUGUUUUUUUUUUUUUAAUGGAGUAGGUUCACUCACAGUAUUAAUGUACCUUACAGAAGCCUGUAUUUGCAAAAAUGAUCAUGACUAAACAAUUCAUGUUUUUUGCAAGGGGUGGGGUAGGGAGAGCUUACAUGACAAAAGAAUGCAUAAAUAGGUUUGGGUGUUUUGGGGUUUGUGGAGGUUUUUUUAAGAAAAUCCUGUGAAAACAGCCACUGUUGCAUCUAUUUCUCUGGAAUAGGGAAUAACCACAGAUCAUUCCCAUAUCUACAAAGUUGGCUUAACUGGGGAACAGAAUAAAGCUUAUUUUGAAUGCUA